CUGAGCUGCCUCUUACAAGAUGGGCGGCCAUACCAACCGUUGGGCUCCGUGGGGGGGUGUGUGUGUCCCGCUUGGGCUGCCUGGGGCGUCUGGUGACACCGCCUCUCCCCCCACAGUGACUUCCUCAUCCUUCCCGGCUUCAUCGACUUCACGGCAGACGAAGUGGACCUGACCUCCGCCCUGACCCGGAAAAUCACCCUGAAGACCCCCCUUAUCUCCUCCCCCAUGGACACCGUCACCGAGUCGGAUAUGGCCAUUGCCAUGGCGCUGAUGGGGGGCAUCGGGAUCAUCCACCACAACUGCACCCCGGAGUUCCAGGCCAACGAAGUCCGCAAAGUCAAGAAGUUUGAGCAGGGCUUCAUCACCGACCCGGUGGUCCUGAGCCCCGGCCACACCGUGGGGGAUGUCUUCGAGGCCAAGAUCCGCCACGGCUUCUCGGGCAUCCCCAUCACGGAGACGGGCAAGAUGGAGAGCCAGCUGGUGGGGAUCGUGACCUCCAGGGACAUCGACUUCCUCUCCGAGAAGGACUACAAUACCCCUCUCAGUGAGGUCAUGACCAAGCGCACUGAGCUGGUGGUGGCCCCGGCAGGCGUCACCCUGAAAGAGGCCAACGAGAUCCUGCAGCGGGGCAAGAAAGGCAAGCUGCCCAUCGUGAAUGAGGUGGAUGAGCUGGUGGCCAUCAUUGCGCGCACCGACCUGAAGAAGAACCGUGACUACCCGCUGGCCUCCAAGGACUCCCGCAAGCAGCUGCUGUGCGGGGCAGCCAUCGGCACCCGGGAGGACGACAAGUACCGGCUGGACCUGCUGGUGCAGGCCGGCGUGGACGUGGUGGUGCUGGACUCAUCUCAGGGAAACUCCGUCUACCAGAUCAACAUGGUUCACUACAUCAAGCACAAAUCUCCGGAGCUGCAGGUCAUCGGGGGCAACGGUGAGCGUGGGGAGGCUGCAAAGGUCGCAACUCUGAAAAACAGUCAUAAGUCCCGUUUCGCAGUGUUUGUCCUGACUUUGAACGGUCCCUAAACAAACAGUUGUAAGUCAAGGACCGUCUCUACUUACCUGUCACCCUGCGGGCAGAUAAACCCAUCCUCAGAUUGUUAAGCAAAGCACCGUGAAAAAUGUGGGCGGCCUCCUCUGUGGGUGGUGCAGGUUUCACGGCCUGUUUGGGAUGAAACCUGGAGGGUCGGUUAAUCCACCG